UCUGAAUCUUCAUUCCCUACACAAGAUUCAAAUACAGAAAGUCAUAAAGCACAAGCUCGCCGAAAAAAAACUACAAAAGCGGAAAAAGAAAUACUUGGUCCAUUACUUGAAUAUAAAAAAUCGCUACCAAUUCAUCUACUUAUAAUGGUAUUUGAUGAACUUA